AUGACUCAAAAUCUGAUAAGAUGGUGGCCGGCACCCCGCGGGGAUCCACUUAGCCGGCCAUUUUCUGGGCCGCAAAUUCCCAGUUUGCGGCAUCGGCCACGUACCAGGAUCAGGUCAAGUCCACAUUCGUCCGGUGACGAAGGCAACGAAGCCUACAAGCCUGGAGAGCUUAAUGAAAAGGUAGCAAUCGGUCAGGCUGGCCGGCCUCACCCCCCCCACAUAGACCCCAGCGCAGGCAAGCCUCUGGCCGAUGCCGAGGCUGGACAACCAAAAGAGAGGCCUGUACAUUUGUUCCGUCACGGGUCUAUCCGGCUGACUGGUUUGGCCUCUACAUCGGAAACCCAUAUGUUCCCAUGCGCCAUGCCAGGUAUGGCGUCAGUCUGUCCGGAUCUGCCAGUCCGUGGGCAUCUGUGUGUGUGUGUUUGUGUGUUUGUGUGUACGUGUGAGCACAUACGAGUCAUGACGUUUCAAGGAGCACAACCGACAAUCGGUUGCGUGUAG